AGUAAUGCGAAUCGUACACAAACAACAAAAAUUGAAUGGCUACAUUUUCAAAGGACCUGCUACGUAGCAGCAACUGCUUGCUAUUAGAGUAGAAGAGCACACAGUGAUUGAGUAUGAUUGAGUAGUGGUAGGGUCAAUAGGCUCUGGAGCAAACAGUGAAAAAUCCUCCAAUCAUUUGGAUACCUAUCGUGUUGUGAGGUCGUUAUCAUUCUGAAGUAUUAGGAUUAGGGCCACAAACACAGACUACAUUUUACUUUGAUUGACAUUUCAGUGACUGUCAAGAUUACAUGAUUCUGCAUGACAUUGCCAUUGUUAUUUGAAUGGUGGCCGAUCGGUGUAAAUUCGUUUAAUUUAUUUGUAAACAUUUCGAUUUUCGCUCUAUAUUUUACCUAUUUCAAAGUGAACUACAAACUCCAACAAAAUGGGAUUCCUAACUAUGCUGAAAAAACUUCGCCAGAAGGAGAAAGAAAUGCGAAUUCUCAUGCUAGGUCUAGAUAACGCGGGCAAGACGACGAUCCUGAAGCGCUUCAACGGCGAGCCCAUCGACACGAUCUCGCCGACGCUCGGCUUCAACAUCAAGACGCUGGAGCACAAGGGCUACAAGCUCAACAUCUGGGACGUCGGCGGACAAAAGUCGCUCCGAUCCUACUGGAAGAACUACUUCGAGAGCACGGACGGCGUGGCGUGGGUGGUGGACAGCGCGGACGCGCGGCGGCUGGCGGCGUGCGCGCACGAGCUGCACGCGCUGCUGCGCGAGGAGCGGCUCGCCUCCGCCACGCUGCUCGUGUUCGCCAACAAGAGUGAUCUGCCGGGAGCGCUUACUCUGCAGGAGAUUAGAGAGGCGCUGGACCUGGACAGCAUUAAGAGCCACCACUGGCGCGUGGUGCGCUGCUCCGCCGUGACCGGGGAGAACCUGCUGGAGGGCAUGGACUGGAUGCUCGAUGACAUCGCCUCAAGGAUAUUCGCUCUUGACUGAAGACUAAAAUACAGAUGUCAAGGGAAAUUGCACAAUUUUUAAUAUGAGCGGAAAACGGGAGAGCUAAUAUUAUAGUUGUAAAAUAAAACCAGUGAAUUACAUUUAGAUAAUACAGUGGGUUGCUACAACUUUGUAUCUCUCGUAACAUAAAUGCUUGAUGAAAUAAUCACUGAUGUAUAAAAGUUACACUGUAACUGCUAACAGCCCUUUAACCAGCUAUGCUUAUUCCAUGAUAAUAUGAGAACUGUGAUCUCUAUUUUAUGUAUAGAAUAUAAAAACUAAAUUAUUAAGUUACGUAUUAAACAAUUUUCAUAAA